UUAAUACUAAAUAUUUGGUGCUAUAUAAGGCUAACACAAAAACAACGAAGCACGGAGUAGCAUAGACCACUGCGAUACUAUAAGAUUCUUUUAGAGCAUCUACCUCCAUGAAGCCCAUUUACCUUUCCUGGUUGCUUAUUGUUCUUCAAGUAUAUUGUCAACACCACCCAAGACAAAACAUUGGCCCAGAUGGUCAUGGAGAUAAAAUCAUAUUUGAGGAUCAGGAUUCUCCUCUGGAAGAAGAACAAGGAAAGAAGACUACAUAUUAUGAAAAGAUAGCUCCUAAUAAUGCUGAUUUUGCAUUCAGAUUCUACAGGCACAUAGCAUCCAGCACAGCUACUAAAAAUAUUUUCUUCUCUCCCUUCAGUAUCUCCACAGCUUUUGCUAUGCUGGUUCAGGGUGCCAGAUCUGAAACCCAAAACCAGAUUUAUGAAGCUCUUGCUUUUAACCUGUCUGAGAUUGAGGAGCAUGAGCUCCAUAAAGGAUUCCACCAGCUUAUCCACACGCUUAACCACCCAAAUAACAAAGCACAAGUGAAGAUAGGGAAUGCCAUGUUCAUAAACGAAACACUGAAAAUACUGCCAAAGUUUCUGGAGGACAUUGAAAGUUUAUAUACUGCUGAAGGGUUUUCUUCAAACUUUGGCAAUUCAACAGCGGCUGAAAAGCAGAUAAAUGAGUAUGUCCAAACCAAAACUCAUGGGAAAAUAGCCCAGGCAGUGGAAGAUCUGGAUCCAUUGACUGUAAUGGUUCUUGUAAACUAUAUUUUCUUCAAAGCUCACUGGGAAAACCCUUUUGAUCCUUAUUAUACUAAAGAAGCAGACUUUUUCUUGGAUGCCAACACCACUGUGAAAGUCUCUAUGAUGUAUCGACAAGACUAUUUCAAUUUUCUCUACGACCGCAAUCUGUCUUGCUGGGUGGUGGAAGUCCCAUAUAAAGGGGAUGCUUCUGCGUUUUUCAUUCUGCCAGACAAAGGGAAAAUGGAGCAAGUGGAGAGCGCCUUAUCAAGUGAAACUCUGGCUAAAUGGCAAACAUCCUUAACACUUAGAGAAAUUCAUCUAUUGAUUCCAAAACUGUCAAUUACUACAUCUUACAAUGUGAAAGAUUUGCUGCAAAAAAUGGGCAUGACUGAUGUCUUCAGUGAAAAUGCUGACCUGUCUGGAAUAACUGGGGAACCGAAUCUGAAGGUUUCCAGAGCUGUUCACAAGGCUGUCGUGGAUAUUCAUGAGAGUGGCACUGUGGCAGGGGGAGUCACUGCUAUACAGAUUACAGCAAGGUGUUGUUCUCCUGAAACUUACAUCAAAUGCAACCACCCUUUCCUCUUCCUAAUUGUUAAUAAAGCAACACAUACCAUCCUCUUUGCAGGGAAAAUUCUAAAUCCAUCUGAAAAAUGAUCACUACCUGAUCAGCUACCUGAUCACAUCUUACAUCAUAAAUAAAAGUUGAUGUAAUUCCAAUAA